CGUUUCCUGGGUGGGCUCCCUCAGCACGGCUGUGCCAUUGCACUCUCCCUGACCCAGUUGUUCAUGCUUCCCUUUCCUGAAGUUUCCCUCUGAGCCCUCACUUCUCACAGUCUGUGGUCAUCUUUCCAGGUGGCUUCCCUGCACGUUGUGGUUUCUCCCCAGAGCCUUGGAGCAGCCACGGUGGGAAGGCUGAGGCUGGAGAGCAGAGCCAAGGCCUGGCAGCACCUGGGGCAGAGCCCUGAGGGAAGGGCUGCGAGUGGGCCCACCCUGCUCUGCCCUCCCCUCAGUGCAUCCCCUGGCUUUAAGCAGCCAGCCCUGCACAGAGCAGUGAGCCCUCACACACCUGGACCUGCCCACAAGUCAGAAAUGAACCUGGAUACUUUGUUCCAACAAAUUCAGCUCACGGAAAAGCAGGCAGGCGAGAAGAGGCGCCUCAUCCAACAAGUUAAAUUUGACAUAAACAAAUAUCAUGAAAAAACUAACCAAAUGAAAGAAGAGCUGAACAGUGCAAAAAUAAAAUUAGAAACUAAGGUUCAACAGCUGUCUGAAAAAAUGUUCUUCUUAGAAAUUUUGAAGAAACGUGAAGACAGCUUGGAGAAACAGAAAGCUGAACUUAUUAACCAGAAAAGCAUUCUUCUCAAAAACUUAACAGAUGCAAAGAGAAAAAUGACUGAAGAGGAAGAUAAUUUUACUAGGGAAGUAACAGAGUUUAAUGAUGAGUAUGGACUAACAAGCAAUAGAGAACUUCUAAUUAAAAAAAAAGCCAAGACUGAAAUAAAUGAUUUAGAGAAAGAAGCUGCUGUGUUAAAAAAUGAAAUGGAGACAAUGGAACAUAAGAAUGUUCAUUUAAAUGCACUCCAGCUGCAGAAGAAUGAAUUAAAACAGGAAUUAUUUACUCUCAAAAGUGAACUCAAAGACCUUGAGAAAUUAAUCAAGGAGGCUGAAGGAACAAUGAAAGCUUUAGAAGCAGAAAAAGUCCAAGUGACUGAAAAACCUCAGACCAAUCCAGAAUGUUUAAGGCUUAAGAAAGAAUUGGAAAAUUACAAAGAUGAUGACUGGGAAAGCAUUUAUGAGACUCUUCGAACAGAAGUUGAAAUUCUGCAAAUGAAACUAUCACAGAAAAAGUCUUCAGACAAGUGAAUAAUGUGUGACACAUCUUAUGAAGUGUCAUAGAAGUUAGUCUGAGUAUUGUAAAACAAUUUCACUCAGGCUCUCUCAGGAUUGCUUUUUGUGUUUCUCGUUUGGUUAAACCAGUUUGUAUGUGCCUUUAUUUUACAUUAAGAUUGAUUUCUAUUAAUUUAAAAGUAGGGGGGAGGGGGGGUAGCUUUUGUUUGUCUUUUCUUUUUUUCUGCGUGUUUAUCCUUCCUCAAAUUAACAGCUAUCCAUCCUUAGAUUCCUCUGUUGCUCAUGAAUGGACAACACUUCAUCUGUUACACAUACAGCCAAGUUCCCAUAUUACAAACUCCAUUCUCUAUGUACUUUUUUUAGAAGGAGAAUUCUCCUUUUAAGUUAGUGAUGUGGUCUUACUUGACAGGAGGACUGCUAUUACCAUCAAUAAAUAAACUAUA